UCAAUCUUGUCUUACAACCGGGAUUUAUCUUUAAAAAAAGUUGGGAUCAAGUGACCUUUGCUGGUGAAAGGUCACAAAUCUAUCACAACGUUGAGUAAUACGUUCCGAAACAUUCCACUAGCAAGAAGACCAUCAAAAAUGUUUGACGUAACCGGAAAGGUUGCGCUAGUAACGGGAGGUGUUCGAGGGAUUGGUUUAUCCAUAGUAAAGGAGCUGCUACGGAAUGGGGCCAAGGCUGUUGCUAUCCUGGAUAUAAACAACGUUUCCGGCGAGAAAGUCGUGCGUGAAAUUCACGAUGAGUUCGGUGACGGAAAGGCGAUGUUUCUGAAGGUGGACGUUAAAAGUAGAGCCCAGAUGGAAGACGCUUUCAGAAAAACUAUCGCGACUUUUGCAAAUUUGGAUAUUGUGGUCAACAACGCGGGAGUAUGUCUCGAUUUAAACUGGGAAGAGGAAAUUGGUGUAAAUUUGGUUGGGACAACUAAUGGAACUGUGCUAGCUUUCGAAAAAUACCUCCCCAACAGUCGAAGCGGGCACGAGGGCGUCAUUUUAAAUAUGUCGUCUAUUGGGUCUUUCACGCUGUAUCCUGUAAUUCCAAUCUACGGUGCAACAAAAAGCGGCGUCGCUCAUCUAACUCGCACCUUCGGUCAGGAGGUGCAUUACGAGCGAAAAAAGGUUAGAGUGAUAGCGCUUUGUCCGAAUCGUACCGAUACCGAAAUGGUACUUUGGAAUGAUGCCGCGUUUCUCAAUCCAGAGUAUGCAGAACUUCAAAGGCAGAUAGAUAUGGAUGAGCAACCGGUUGGUCAAUCGGCGGACCAUGUUGCGAAAGCAGCUGUAAGGAUGAUUCGCGAAGGCAAAAACGGUUCAUUAUGGGCGAUUGAGGAUAGCAAACCGCCUUACGAAGUGGAAAUAAUAUUUUCAAAAAAGGAAAUUGAAAAACCUAUGUGAAAUGUACCUGAAAUGUGGUUUAGUUUAUUUAAAAAAAGAGGUUCUAGUAUUCCAGAAUCGCAACGAUGGGAAACGACCCAAAGGUAGCUUAGAAUUCGUCUAUGAAUAAACGAGAUCGAACGUAAA